UUUACCUGUUGCAUCGAGAGUCAAAGUGAAAGUAUGUUUAUGGCAUACAAAUUACAAAUCGUAAUACAAUCGUUCAAAAUUUAUUCGUCAGUCAUUAACACACUGCACUUGCACUAUGAGCAAUAAGUCAAUUUUAAUAAUACUUUUAGUGUCAUUACUGAUCAACUUUUCCGACAGCGUUGUGAAACGAUGUUUCAGUUGCCGUUCCCGUGGAGAUUUAGGAAGCUGUAAGGAUCGAUUUAAAUACACCAACCUCACACAGAUCAGCUUAGAAUCCGGUAUUGGAGUGGAAGCUGUGCCUUGUGCCUCGGGAUGGUGUGGGAAAAUAAUUGAGACACGUAAUUCUGACGCCAAAGAACAAGAAUUCGACACUGCAACACAAAGGACGUGUUUGCAAAGAGGACCUUCAGAUGGAGAAGAACGUUGUGAUGAUACUAUGUGGGAGUAUAAAAAAGUUUUUAUGUGUUUUUGUCAUGGUGAUCUCUGUAACAAUGCACCAGCAGCUUUCAAAAGUUUUAAUUUCUACAUAUUGGCGUUAACUCUUGUAAUUCCUAUUUUAUUUGCUCAGUUACUCAAUUCAUAAGUAUAUUCCAAAACUAAAUUGUAAUAUAAUUUUAAAAAAUAUUGCGUGUAAUAUUAUGUAAAUAAUAUUGACCUACCUACAUUAAUUUAUAUUUUACAAAACAAAACAUGUCUUUAUUUUGUUAUUCCUAUUUUUAAAUAAAAGUCUUACUCUAUGUAUUAGAGUUACAUGGAAA